CAAGUAACUGCUAGGACAGCGUGAAUACUAAGACGUUUUGAAGAUACGUGGUAAAUGGCUACUGCUAACCCGGAUAUUGGACAUAUUGUUGACGAAUAUGCCAUUACAAACGAAAAUUUUGGCGGUGGUGGGUUUGGCAAUGUUUAUAAAGCGUCCCACAUAGACUGGGGUGUUGUAGCGGUUAAACGGAUUUUCAAAAAUCUGCAGAUUAUAGAAAGAGACCGGAAGAUGCUGGAAGACGAGGCACGUACAAUGACUAAUAUCCGUUCGUCAUAUGUAGUCCAACUGUUAGGUGUUGUGAUGAAUCCAUCUAACUACGCACUUGUAUUAGAAUACAUGUGUCACGGUUCAUUGAGGGACUACCAAAAGAAUAAUGACGUCAGCUGGCCAAUAAUAUUAGAUCUCGUGCACGAUGUGAUACUGGGAAUGAAUUAUCUGCACAAAACGUUAAAGCUUGUACAUCGUGAUGUGAAGAUUGACAACAUACUUGUUGACAAGGGACCUAAAGCAAAGGUUUCAGACUUUGGGUUAUCUGUGUGGCAUGAGUAUUCAAAGAAAGUAUCAAGACAUUCCAGAGUAUCAAAUACGCCCGAUAUAGACGUUGUACAUUCUGCAGUAAUUAUAUCGGCAGUUACAAGAAACCAACGACCAGAUGAGAAAGAAAUUCCAGUUGAAUGUCCUUUGAUUCUGAAAAGCAUGAUGGAAGAGUGUUGGAAUGGAAACCCGUACAAAAGACCAACAUUUCAAGCCUUAAAAGAAAUGAUGGAGAAAUCAGAAGAUAGUGUUACUGGUCUUAAUUUUGAUCGCAUUGAUAUUAAUAAGACCAAGUUGAUAGAUGCUGCUGCAAAAGGUGAUAUUAAAGAAGUAAAACGAUUGCUGUCAGAGGGAUAUGAUGUCACUUUCAGGAUAAGGAUGGAGAUACAGCAUUGCACCAUGCAACAUGGAAUAGACAUGGGAAAGUGGUUGAUCUAUUUAUAAAUCAUGGAAUUGAGCUGAAUAUGAAAGGCUAUGGGGAGAAGACAGCAUUACAUUAUGCAGCGCAAAAAGGUGAACUUGGCAUAUUUAAAAGACUAGUUGAGGCAGGAGCAGACUUGGA